AUGAGUGCAAGGCCGACAUCGGAGUACGCGGAGGAACUACUUUGUGGAAGAAAAGAGGAGAAGGAGCGGCGACAACAAAAUCUGCAGCGCCGUCUUGUCUUCCAUUCAGUUGCAGAUGUCGGUGAAAACUAUCUUUUUCCCGGGGAAGAGGAGUUCGAGUCCUUCCACACUGAAGAAGAACUACGCAUUAAAGAAGAAGAAGAAGAUGUGGAUCUCACCGAGCUGCCGUUGUACUUUGUCCCUUUAAAGAGCGAAGAUGAGGAUAACCGAGCGGCCGACGGAGACGACUCCGAACUCAUGGCUCCGCUAUCCGAUACCGAAGACGUAACUUUGUACGCGCCCGACACCGAUGAAGAAGCGAAUGACUCUGAAGCCGCUCGGCGGUCGUACGCCGACGGCAAGCGGGCGGAAUGUCUUCAGUGCGGAAAAACGUGUUCCUCCAAGAAGAAUUUGAAGAUCCACAUGCGAGUUCACACCGGAGAAAAACCGUACGUCUGCUCGGAAUGCGGCAAAGGAUUCUCCCAAAGGAACACGCUAACCAAACACGCCAGGACGCACACCGGAGAGAAACCGUUUGCCUGCUCGAUUUGCGGAAAGAGCUUCUCGGAAAACGGCAAACUGACCCAACACUCCGCCACGCACACCGGGGAGAAACCCUUUACCUGCUCGCUUUGCGGUAAAAGCUUCUCAUUUAACGGGAAUUUGAGGAAACACGCGGCCACGCACACCGGAGAGAAACCUUUCUCCUGCUUGGUGUGCAACAAACGAUUUACUCACAAGGCCAAUUUACGAAAGCACACCCGAAUACACACCGGCGAGAAACAUUUCACUUGCUCGGCCUGCGGCAAAAGUUUCUCCGAUCCGUCCAAUUUAAAGACGCACACCAAAACGCACACCGAUGUCAGCACACAAUAUCUUCAUCCCGAACAACCGGACCUUCACAUUAAACAGGAGGAAGAACCGGAAAUCAAAGAGGAAGAGGAGGAGGACUCUAUCACAAAGUUUCAAUUGACAUUUUCCCCUUUCAAGAUUGAAACGGAAGACCCGAGCGAAGAAGCGGAGCCUCCGAGCGGCGUCUCUGAAGCGAACCUCAUCGCUCCGCUAUCCAACAGCGACGUCACCGAGGACGACGGCGAUUACGCCGACGACAGAGAACGUUCCCGAGGUGACGAAACGGAGCAAAAACGCUGGAAAUGUUCUCAGUGUGGCAAAAAACUGAGCUCCAAGGGCAAUUUGAACAAGCACAUGAGAAUACACACCGGAGAGAAACCCUUCGUUUGCUCCGUUUGCGGCAAAGGCUUCGCCGCCAAGAUCAACUUAACCCGACACACCAGGGGACACACCGGAGAGAAACCGUUUGCCUGCUCCUUUUGCGACAACCGCUUCUCCGCCAUGUCCAGUUUGAAAUGCCACACCCGGACGCACACCGGAGAGAAACCUUUUCGCUGCUCGAUUUGCUUCAAAUGCUUCUCCGACAAGACCAAUUUAGCCACGCACACGAGGAUACACACCGGAGUGAAACCGUUCGUCUGUUUGGCGUGCGGCAAAAGCUACUCGGAUAAGUCGAGUUUAAAAUCUCACGCCAGGACGCACGCCGGAGAAAAACCGUUUGCGUGCUCCUUUUGCGCAAAACAGUUCUCGGCCAAAACGAGCUUAAGCAGACACGUGAGGACGCACACCGGCGAGAAACCGUUUGCCUGCUCCUUUUGCGGUCGAACGUUCGCCAUCAAGUCCAGUUUAACGCUACACACCAGAAAGCACACUGGAGAGAAACCUUUUGGUUGCUCCGUUUGCGGGCAGAGUUUUACCAGGAAUGCAAAUUUAAAAAAACACAGACAAGAGAAGAUGCAUUAA